CUGGUCCAGGUCCCUGAGAGGGAUGCUCUCUCUCUCUCUCCCCACGGUCUCCUACAUGAGCAGAGCUUUUAGUGGUGAAACAUUAACGAGAAAUAACUCGGUUCCUGUCGGAGGAGAAGGGAAGAACCGGGAUUAACAGCGUUGUUUUUCUGCGCUCGGCUGAGGCAGGUGGGGCGGCCAUACAAAGGCUAAUGUGGAGGAUGCUGUGAGCGUUUAGUUCCAGUUCAGCCCUGUACCUCUCUCUCUCUCUCUCUCUCUCUCUCUCUCGAUUCCUCGCUCUAAAAGAAGAUGAGCGCUUCUUCCACUCCUAAGGGGACGCCGGUGCAGCGUAGCCCGGUGGACGGCGAGUGCGAGGGGAUGGAUUCGGUUCAGUCCCCGCAGCAGAUCACUCCCUCCAGCAGCUCCAAGAAACGCAUCUCCAGCCUCCUGCAGAGCCCUUCGUUUCGGGAGGAGCUGGACACGUUAAUUCAGGAGCAGAUGAUGAAGGGAGGAAGCUCGUCCAGCCUCUGGGCUCUCAGACAGAUCGCCGACUUCAUGGCCUCACACGGCUCUCCUGCUGCGCUGCCAUCCACGAUCAGCAUGGUGACCCCCAUUAAUGACCUGCAUGGGUGGGAUGGGGUUGCCAUGGUGAAGGGGGAGCGACUGAUGCGCUGCAAGUUGGCGAGUGUUCACCGCCUGUUUGACCUGUACGGCUGGACGCAGCUCACCACAGCUCGGCUCACGAUGAGGAUCAGUAAAGAGCAGGAGCACUUUCUGGUUCUACCAGAAGGCCUGACCUAUGCAGAGGUCACCACGUCCAGUCUGGUGAAGGUGAAUAUCCUGGGUGAUGUCAUCGACCAGGGCAGUACCGCGUUAGGAGUGGAUGUUUCUGCAUUCAGCCUGCACUCAGCCAUCUACUCCACCCGCCCCGACGCCCGCUGCCUUCUACACCUCUACACCCCUGCUACCGCUGCUGUAUCAGCCAUGAAAUGUGGCCUCCUCCCGCUCUCCCAUGAGUCUUUGCUUGUGGGCGAGGUGGCUUAUUAUGACUAUAAUGGCGUGAUGGAGGAGGAGGAGGACCGCGUGAACCUGCAGAAGAGUCUGGGACCCACGUGCAAGGUCCUGGUCCUGAGGAACCACGGCUUCGUGGCUCUUGGGGAAUCAAUGGAGGAAGCCUUCUACACCAUCUACCACAUCCAGGCUGCCUGUCAGAUCCAGGUGUCGGCGCUGUGUUGUGCCGGAGGAGAAGAGAACCUCAACUUGCUGGAUCGGAGCGUACACAAACCAAACACCACCGGUACUGUAGGCUGGGCUGGAUCCACGUUCGGACCCAUGCACAAAAACCGACAGGGAGAGCACGAGUUUGAGGCGCUCAUGAGGACCCUGGAUAACCUGGGUUACCGUACCGGCUACGCCUACCGUUUCCCGGUCCUGCUGGAGCGCUCCAGGACCCGCAGAGAGGUGGAAGUACCAGCCACGGUCACUUCAUUCAGCUUUACCGAGGAGGGGAAGCUCCAGUCACGCCUCCAACCUCACGCUCACAAGCAGCAGCAGGAGAGAACAAGAUGGCUGAACACACCCAACUUUUACCACAAGGUCAACACGGACCAGGCCAGCCCUGGGCAUCGCACCACGUGGCAGCGGACAGAUGAAGUGACCCAAAGUGGUGGGACGGCCAUACGGAUCGAGAACCCCAACCAGUUUGUUCCUCUGUUUACCAACCCAAAGGAAGUGCUGGAAACCAGAAACAAGAUCCGAGAGCAGAAUCGCCAGGAUAUGAAGACAGCAGGACCUCAGUCGCUGUUAUUAGCCAGUGUGAUCACAGAAAACAGCCCACCGUCCCCAGAGGUGCAGCCUCCUUCGACCCCUGAACCGGAGCCACCGAACCCGUUCAAUGAGCUGACGGACGAGAAGCUAGAAGAAUACCGCAAAGAGGUCCAGAAGAAACAGCUCGGCCAGGAUGACGGGGAGGAGGCGAUGAAUGAUACGGGGACUCCUCCCCCUGCUACCUCACCUGCUACCUCUCCAACAAAAAGCCCCUCACCUGCUAAACCCCCCGCCUCAGAUGAGAAACCCGUGGACGCGGUACAGAACGGAAAGGAGGAGAACGAGAAGCAGCAGGAGGAGCUGGAGAAAGGAAUGAAGGCUCUCUCCACCACCGACACGUCAGAGAGCGCUCCGGUCCCGCCCACCUCCACGCCCGCCAAACCCGCGGGCAACACUCCGGAGGGUUCGCCCUCCAAAUCGCCCUACAAGAAGAAGAAGAAGUUCAAAGCUCCGUGCUUCAUGAAGAAGAACAAGAAGCUGAAGGAAAAGGCCGAAACCUGAGCUCGCACACAUAAACACACGGCAACACAAUUCAGUCGUUCAUUACAGUCCAAACCUUCGACUAUCGACCAUCACAGCUGCACACACACACACACACACACACAGGGCUGGAUGUACUAAGCUUUUUGUCAGAAACUGCUGCACUGCAAGAUGCAAAUUGCGCUUCUCUCCCUCUUUCACAUGCAAAUAAGGGAGAAUCACUCAAGUACAACGUAAAAUAUUUCAUUCUAUCUAUUAAAUUAUGUCAUUUAAAGUCAUUUUUGCCUCCCAAAACUAGAUGUAAAUACUACAACUACAGCUGUAUUGCUGGGAGUGGUUGCCAGAUCUUUGUUUAUUCAGUAGAAAUAGGAUCCCUUGUAAAUUUGAGUUGGGUUUGAUUUUUCAGAUUAUGAUUUGCACAUUUCAUGGGGAUGAGGUUGUUUAAAAUAAUGAAACAUAAAUUUGCAGCCAUCGUUUUAUCUCACGAUAAAACUAUUCAUUUUUAACAUUCAUGUUCUUUUUUUUCUAUUUUAUUUAUGCAGUCGAGGUGGGUAUAUUGCUGCUCACGCCUCCGACCCGCGCGCAGCCCUUAACGGAACCCUUUUUCACCCAUGCUCUCUGCACAGGCGCCUCUCUAUCUGCCAAUCAGGGUCCUUACACAGCGUUUGAAGACCCCACCCACAUAGUCCGGUCAUCCCGCCCUAGCAGAAUCAUGUCUGCUGCAGGCACUGCCGAUUAUGCCGGCUAGAUGGCGCCCAGCCGACCGGUGGCAACGCUGAGUUUCGAACCGAGGAGUUCAGAAUCUCUGCGAUGGUGUGCUAGUGGAAUAUCCCACUGCACCACCUGGAUGCCUUAACACGUGUGUUCUUGAGUAAAAAAUAUUUAUGCAGUAAACUGGUCUACUUAUAUUUAAUAUUGUAACAUAAUUUGAGACCAUUUUAGAAACUAUUCAGGGAAAAUAACGUUGCUUCUUUACUGGACAUCACGUAUAUCUGUCAGCCCUGAUCCUACCGACAUGUACCGACAUGCAAAGAUUUUGAAGAUGAAAUUGAUUGAUUGUUUGAUUUACAUUAUUAAUCCCCGAAGGGAAAUUGCAGUGUUACAGCAGCAGUUCACAAUUAUCACAAGCAUCACACAACGACACGUCAAUGUGGUGCGAGGAAAUAAAAAAUAAAAGUUAAAAGUAAUGUAAUGCAAAAAUAAGAUAUUAAAAUCUAAAAAAAAUAACAAUAUUAUAAUUAGAAUAUAAGAACAUCUAACAAAGAACAAAGCCUAAAAGAGAAGCUAAUCAAAUACUACAUAUAUGGACAUGAACCAGUUUAUUCUACAGUAUAUUGUUGUUUUUUUAUCAGUCGCUUUUAUCCAAAGUGACGCACAACUUUGAAGGGUUAAGGGUCUUGCUCAAGGGCCCAACUUGGUAGUGUUGGGGCUCAAACCAACAACCUUUGGAUAAAUAGUCCAGCUACUACUGCCCAAGUGGCAUCUGGGCAGAUUUAUCUGUAUCAAAUAGCACGUUGUAGUCUAGUGGUUAAAAUACUGGACUAGUAAUCAAAAUGUCACUGGUUUAAGCCUCACGACUGCCAGGUUGCCGCUGUUGGGCUCUUAAGCAAGGCCCUUAACUCUCAUUUGCUUAGACUGUAUACUGUCACAGUGCUGUAAGUCGCUUUGGAUAAAAGUGUCUGCUAAAUCUGUACUGUGUGCCUCAAGCAGAGCGCAAUUAGUAGCUGGUAUCAAGUACGAUUUGCAUAUUUAGCUACAUCUUGAGUGAAUUGAACAGUAAUGCCAAAGUGCAUCUUUGUACAUCUAGCCCUCAGUCUUAAUGUGUGUGUUUUGUGAGCUGAAACUAAUUUCUCAUUCCAACCCGUGACCUCAAUCAGACUAACCCUCGACGACCAGAAUUUAACAAAUAAACGAUGACCCCCUCCCCACCUCGCUUCAGAUGAAUAUUGCACUUAGUACAAGCGUAUAGAAAAGAAUGUGGCAUGAAGUCGGCGCUGAUCGUUCAUAUUUGUUAUGUUUAAUUCUUCGCUGAUGGUCAUAGUGCACAUUAUUGUAUGAAGUGUAUUCGUGUCCUUUCUAUUUAAAUCUGGCUUCCUGUUUUGUUUACAUUUAUACGAUCACUCACUUCUCAUCUGUGUAAGAAAACAGAACAGCAAAUAUCGCAAAUAUGAUUAAAAAAUCAACUAAAAUACCAAAUCAAUGAUUCUGGCUUGUAUAUGCAGUGAACGCAUUUUCGAAUGCACUGAAACAUUCCACUUCUUCAGUUUGUUGUACAGUCGAUUGAUAUUUUUUGUAUUUUUUUGCAGUUGUAAUUAUUUAUAUUAUCACUAUAAUUAUUAUUUAAUUGCCUUCGUGUGCAUAUGUGCUGGUUUUCAGGAUUGAAUCAUGUCAUGUUAGAACGUAAAGUGAUAAACACUAGGUUGUACCGAUCAUUAAAAUGAAGUAAAAAAA